AGCUGUCACUUCCAGGGCCCGGGACCUUGUCUGCUACAUCCCCUGGGGGGUUGAGCUGAUGAAGGGGCGGCAACACAUGAGCAAAAGACCUUAAAAAUAAAAUAAAAUAAAAAAAAAAACAAAAAAAGAAGUGGCCACCAUAGUCACAGCUGAACGGCCUCCAGAGUGCAGAAGAUCCAAGCCCUGGUGAAGGGACAGCCGUCCAAGGUAAUACUCGAGAAACCAAAACCACUCUCUUGUCAUCGCUGAAGACUUCAAAGCCUUUUGAAGUUCUGUGCUGAAUGGUGAAAAGCAGAUAGCAAUACUUUAUAAAAGGCCAUACUGGAGCUACUAAUGCAACUUGAUCAAGGGAAUCUCAAUCUAAAAAUAUCAUCUGCAUGAACAUGAAGAUCUCUGACAGACUCUACCCGACACACUGGCUGAAGAUUUUCUUGUAGUUUUGUAAGUAAUCUUGGGCUAUGAUUUGGCAUCGCUAUACUUUCCAAAACAAUUCUGAACAAAGCCUUGAUGCUGUGUCAAGCAGGCAUAACCAAAGAUUAUGUACAUUGUAAUGUUGAUUAUCCUGCAGAACAACAUUUAAAUAACCUUGAUUUAGUAGCUACUAUUCUAAUUUUCAUUAAUGUCUUUAUGAUUUGCUGAAGACAAUUGAAAUCAUUAGGGAAAUAAAAAGCAAGGUCAUUUUGCAUUGUGCAGAAUAAUUGCUAAUCGUGUUUAUGGCAUAAACACAAGCACCAAAAAGUGACAAAGGUAAUUGUUAGCAAGAGGCAAGCAGUGCUUCCAGAAAUGAGAAAGGCGGAGGUCCAAAUGAUGCUGAAGAAGGGGUCUGAUGAUGAGACUCAUGGAGUUGCACCCCCAAGUCCCCAAAUCCCACCCAAGCGGGCCAGAGUAAACCCGGAUCAGGUAGUUCCCAGCCAGGAUGACUCCCUUUACCCCAGUCCAACUCCACCUGUAUUCAUCCGGAAGAUGCGGAACGCGGCCGUCGGGACAGGAUGUGACAUCCGUCUGAAGGUAGCGGUGGCGGGGGACCCGCAGCCCUCCUUGUUUUGGUACCAUAAUGACAUCCUGCUCGACACGGAUAACCAGGAGUAUGGAGGCCUGUGGAUUCGGGACUGUCAGCCUAGCCACGCUGGCCUCUACACCUGCAUUGCUAGCAACUACUUGGGGGAAGCCAGCAGCAGUUCAGUCCUUGCUGUCCUGGACCUGGGAGAAGAAAACUGGACACUCAAGCCGAACAUUUGGGAGGUUUACCCAUGCGAAGUUUUCCGCUCCUGCAGGAAACAAAGUUAUGACUCAGAGACCACAGAAGAUGAGGCAGCAGAACCACAGAUACCUAUGGAAACCAAGGAUGGUCAGGGUCCUCAGGAACAGGUUGCACACAGAGUGCCUGCAGGCGAUGGUGACAGGAUGACAGACAUCGCUCCAGAUACAAGUGGCCGUAGGGGUUCCCAGACAGACAGCUGGAUGGCCAGCCAGAACACAGUGGUAGAGAAGGAGGUGUAUGCCUUGGGUUCAAGAGCCCCGGGGCUACAGGAUGUCUCCAAGCCUGCCAGGGGCCAGUCAGAAGACGUUUUGAGGGAAGCUUCCCCUCAAGUUCUCCCACUCCCCUCUCCUAAAAUUAGUCACCGUACCUCCACUUCCCCAUUACCCAACCGUUCUGGGUCAGCCCCUGCCACACCCCUCACCCCCCGCAAGAAAGUGAUUGUCCCAAGUGAAUACCAAGACACGGUUCCAGGAGAAUUUGAGGAGAAGAUCAAGCAGCCAAAAUCCUCAGCCAUGUCUCAGAGUAGCAACCUUGACUCCCGCCCUCAGACCCCUGUCAGCGAAUAUUCCCGGAAGGAUCUGACACCACGGCCUUCACCAAAACUUACUCGAGCUAGCUCAAAAAUCAUUGAGAAGGUACGAAUAUUUGAGGAAAGGAGGAGGAGUAUUGACCAACCCGAGGGGUCUAUCUCUGGACGUUCAUGGGCAGGGUUCCAUAGAACCCCUUCCAUUGACUCUGAUGAUGGUGGUAGUCGAUUAGGUAUCUCAAGAGAGAGUUCCAGGGAGGACCUGAGAGAAGCACUGAAAGCUGAUGCUGCUCAGAGGAGAUCCAACUUUAGGCAGAGGGCUACUUCUCUGGAGGACAGGCCUCGCUACUCACAAAAGGUUCAGGACAUUGAGAACAAGUUCACAGAGGAGCUCCAGCGUAUUAAGAAAUUGGUAGGGAAGCCCCAUAUGAAAAAGUCUUUCUCUACAGAACAACUGUCUUCUAAGAGUAGGCAACCUCUGAGAAAAUUAGAGCCAAUUCCCCUCCAAGUCAUCCAGAAACUGCAAGAUAGGGAACGCAUCCAGCAGCAACAAGAACGGAAGGAAAGAGAGCAAAGAGAGCAAUCUCCUGAAAAAGUCUCACAAUCACCAAGUAAACCUCAAGGUCAGCAUUUACAAAAUUCACAAUCAGAGCCAUUAGAUGCUCAAUGGUCAGACACCAUAAAAAAAACCAUUACUAGUGUUACUGUGAGCAGACUUGAGCAGGAACCUGUUAUUCUAGAAGCUAUACCACUGGUUGAGUUACCUGGGCAAAGUUUAGCUGAACGAACACAAAGGAGCAGCCCAAAAAGGGAGAAACUUCAGAACUAUUUACCUAGUGAAACAAGAAGUGUAACUGAAGAGAAACCACCGUCUCCUGCUCUACCAAAAGAGGAAUCUCCUCCAAGGAGAGUUGAAUUGCCCAUACGCAAAGUAGAUCGUAGGCCUGUUAGCCCACUUGUGCAGAAUGAGUACAAGCAUGGCAGUGAAUCUUCUCGCAUUGAAGAACCCCCAGCCCCAUUAUUAUUAAAGGAAGAGUCUAAGCCACGAAGGGUUGAACUGUCAGUGCGUAGGAUAGAACAGAGACCCGCCAGUCCACUUGUACAGAGAGUGCUUCCUUGUGUCCAAGAACGCCCAUCCCAAGUCCCAUCAAUGCUUGCUGCACGCCCAAGCUCUCCUUCACCUGUUUCCAGUCCAUCAUCAGAAGAUGAGAAGAUGGACCUGGAACUACCCAUUGUAACUGCUUCCCCCAAGCUUGCAAUUCCAGCAAUAAUUGUCGAAGAAGAACCCAUGGAAGAUGCCCCUAAAUCAAGUGACAGAAAAAAGAGAUCCAGCACUGCAAAAGACACGAAGAGUAGGAGAGGGAAAAUGCAACGUGCUCGACCCCUUUCACCUGAGGAAGACUCUUCAGACGACUCGUACGUGUCUGCAGGAGAAGACCCCCAGGAGAUUCCCAUGUUCGAGUACCCCCUUCAGGACACUGUGGCGUCCGCUGGAGAAGAGGUGCAGCUGAACUGCAUUGUCGUUGGCACUCCUAUUCCACAAGUCACCUGGAAAAGAGAAAACGAAGAGAUAACGAGCACACCAACUCAUGUGGUGAAAGUGGAGGGAGAGAGACACUCGCUGCUGAUCAGACGAGCGAAGAGGGGUGAUGCUGGAACAUACCACGUGACAGCUGUCAAUGCUGUCGGAAAGGCUUCCUGCAACGCCACCUUGUUCAUCAAACCAGAACUGAUGCAUGAGCGGCGGGGAGGUCUCAAUGUGCCCAUGGACAUCAGCAGCCCAAUCACGUCCGACGAGGAGUACCUGAGCCCCCUGGAGGAAGGAAUGGACUUCGGAGGGCCGUAUUGCCAAGUCGAGCCCCGGAAGAUCGUUGACGUCCGGUUUAGGGAGCCCCCUGUUUUCCAGGUAGCCCUCACCAACCAAGUGGUGACAGAAGGACAAGAGGUCACCAUGUCUGUGCGGAUACAUGGACAGCCCAAGCCCAUGAUUUAUUGGCUGAGGGACCGGGUGACAAUAAAAACCGGCGCACGACACAUAGUGCGUGAAACAGACAGUGGGACCUUUGAGAUGAAGAUCAUUUCAGCACAGAAGUCUGAUGCUGGUGUUUACACCUGUAAAAUCAUCAACGAAUAUGGCACUAAGCAGUGUGACUGCAAACUGGAGGUUAAAGUGCCCCCAAUGGAGCCGGUUCUAGCAAUUACCCGGAAUGUGAGUGAUGUGACGGUGAGUGCGGGAGAGACUGCGCUCUUCGAAUGUCACAUGACUGGGCCGCAGGACGUGGACGUGGACUGGCUUGCAGAUGGCAAACUGAUCCAGCCGGCACUGCUCAACUGCAAGAUGCAUUUUGAUGGCAGAAAGUGCAGGCUGCUGCUCAACUCGGUGCACGAGGAUGACAGCGGCACCUAUACGUGCAAGCUGAGUACAGCCAAAGAGGAACUGACCUCCACAGCCAAACUUAAAGUAAUGCCCUCCAUCGAGCCACUUUUCACUCGAAAACUGGACGUCCUGGAGGUAAUCGAGGGCCGUAGUGCUCGCUUCGACUGCAAAGUCAGUGGGACGCCCCCCCCUCAAGUCAGCUGGAGUCAUUUUGACCGUGCACUGGAGAACAACGAGAACAUACGCAUCCUGAAGGAAGGUGGACGGCACAUGCUGGUGAUCACACACGUCAGCAGCGAAGACGAGGGCUUCUACACGGUCGUCGCCCGUAACCAGCAUGGCACAGCGGAGUGCUCCGCCGAUCUAUACGUCCAGGAGCCCCGGACUGCCAUCUCCUCACAAAUGGCGAAGCUGGAAAAAAUGCCUUCUAUUCCUGAGGAACCAGAGGUGGCAGAGAGCGAGGUGGAGCAAUUCACUAUGCCGGAUUUUAUUAAGCCGCUGUAUGACCUGGACGUGGUGGAGGGCAAGGAGGCCGUGCUGAAGUGUCGAGUGGCUGGCCUGCCAUAUCCGAGCAUCACCUGGUUCCACAACGGCCACAAGAUCAACAGCACAGACGACAGGAAGAUGGUGCAGCACCGGGACAUUCACAGCCUGGUGAUCCGCUCCGUCUGCCAUGCCCACGCCGGGGUCUACAAGAGCGUCAUCUCCAAUAAAGUGGGCAAGGCUGCCUGCUAUGCUCACCUGUAUGUGACAGAUAUUCUUCCCGACCCACCAGAGGGCCCUCCGGUGAUAGAGGCAAUUACCGGAAAGACCAUUUCCCUGAGCUGGACAAAACCCAAAAGGCUUGAUCCUUCUUUAGAUGCCAGCUCUUUGAUGUAUGCCGUCCAGCAGCAAGCGCUGGGUUCAAUCCAAUGGACAAUCAUCGUGUCCAGUUUGAAGCAAACUUCCUACACAGUAGCCUCAUUAUCCAAGGGAGUUCGCUACUUCUUUAGGGUCUUGUCAAUGACCAACAAGGUCUUCAGCAAACCAUCUCCACCUACAGAACCAGUGCAGCUUGUGGACCGAGGUCCAUAUCUCCAAGAGGCUCCAGUCAUUACCGACAAGCCAGAUAUCGUGUAUGUGGUUGAAAACCAAUCGUUAAGUAUCACUAUUACCUUGAACUAUGUCCAAGCCACAGUGACAUGGAAAAGGGGAAAUACAUUCAUAGUGAACAAACCUGGCAUUUUUGAGACGAGUAUGCCAGAUGACAAUCAACAUGCACUGCGGAUCAUCAGGGUGAAAAGCAGUGAUGUUGGCCAGAUUAUCUGCACAGCCAGCAACAAAUUUGGCAGCGACUCCUGCAUCCUGACACUUGAAAUGGCAGCACCACCUACUUUUGAGACUAUCAUGGAAGAUAUGGACGUUUGUGUGGGAGAGACCCCACGAUUUGCAGUGGUCGUUGAAGGGAAGCCUGUCCCGGACAUUAUGUGGUACAAGAAUGACACCUUGCUAUCAGAAAGCAGCCACUUCACCUUUGUCUACGAUGACAAUGAGUGCUCCCUCGUUAUACUCAACACUCAAGAAGAGGAUUCGGGAGUUUACACCUGCACCGCUAGGAAUCUUGCUGGGAGUGUUACCUGCAAGGCUGAGCUUACUGUGCGCACAGCUAAACAGGAAAAAGAGGAGCUGAUGGAGGAUGAAGAAACGAUUCUGAGGAAGAUGCGCAGACUGACCGAUUACUAUGACGUACAUAAGGAGAUCGGCCGGGGUGCUUUCUCCUAUGUGAAGCGAGUAACAAAGAAAGGAAGCAAGGUGGAGUACGCAGCCAAAUUCAUCUCUGCACGCGCGAAGAGAAAGGUCUCGGCUUUGAGGGAAAUGAAAAUCCUUUCUCAGUUGGACCACGAGAGAAUUGUUUACUUCCAUGAUGCCUUUGAGAAGAAGAAUGUCGUCAUAAUCAUCACUGAUCUAUGUCAUGAGGAGUUUCUGGAACGACUGGCAAAGAAGUCCACGGUGACACAGUCUGAGAUCCAUUCAACUGUGAGGCAGAUGCUGGAGGGAGUUAGCUACCUGCACCAGAACAACAUUCUACAUCUUGAUAUCAAGCCUGAGAACAUACUAAUGGCAGACCACAGUGGUGACCGAAUCCGGCUCUGUGACUUUGGGAAUGCCAUGGAACUAACACCAGAUGAGCCGAGAUACUGCAAAUACGGCACACCCGAAUUCGUUGCCCCGGAAAUUGUUAAUCAGACUCCUGUCUCCAAGGCAACGGAUAUAUGGCCAAUUGGAGUCAUAACUUAUCUGUGCCUCACCGGAGUGUCGCCAUUUGCCGGAGAGAACGACCGCAGCACCGUGCUAAACAUCAGAAGCUACAAUGUAGCUUUUGAAGAGAGCAUGUUUGCAGACCUGUGCCGGGAGGCCAAGGGUUUCGUCAUCAAGCUGCUGGUGGUGGACAGAUUGAGGCCUGAUGUGAAUGAGUGCCUUCGCCAUCCGUGGUUUAAGACCUUGGCACAGGAGAAGAGUAUAAGCACAGAAGCUAUUAAGCAGUUUUUGUCUCGAAGAAAGUGGCAGAGGUCCCUUAUCAGCUAUAAAUCCAAAAUGGCGAUGAGGUCUAUUCCAGAGCUACUGGACGAUUCCUCCAGCCACACUUCCAUCGCUGUUCCUAGACACCUCCGAGAGGGCUCGCCACCUCUCACCUCCUCCUCGGACUCAGACGAGGAUAUUGACGAACUUCCUUUCAUCCCAAUGCCUCUUACCAUGGACUUCUCUGGAUCCAGAAUGUCUCUGAAUGAUAUUCUAGGUGACGAUGAUGUGGCUAGCGGGUCUAACGGUACCACCGAAGGGGAAGGUCUAACUGGCCAAGGGACAGUACCUAUGGAGACCGGACCAGCAGACAAAGCAAAAGAGGGUGGAGAAACCUCCAUCCUCAGGGGACGACUGCGAAAAAGGGCAACACAGGAAGAAGAUAAGGGAUCUUCUGAUGAGGAGCCAGCAGUGACAACCAAGCGGUCAGAACAGUCGAAAAGGCCUCUGCGCCGCGGUUCGAGCAUGGAGUCGGAAAAGACUGAAGGUAGUUCAAGUGGUAGAAAAGGGUGCCUUCGCAGAGGAGGUUCUGCCGACAGCGCACUGCUGCUGCACAUCAAACACGGGGAUGGAGAGUCUGAGGGAGCCACAGAGGAUGGUAAGAAGAAACUCAAAAAGGCUGUUUCUAUGGAGUUACCACGGAGGAGCUCUAGUCCAGGUGCUGGCAAGCUAAGCAAGGAGGACUAUGCUUUGAAACUUGAACUGAUGAGGCAGAGGCUUCUUAGAGGUGUUGCAGUGGACAAUAAAAUGAGUGGCUUACGAGGCCCCCUGCUGGAGACACUGGGUGCGGGUGAAGAAAAACGUACAAUUCCUAUAGAACGUUACGUACGCCCACAUCGCUUAGGUGGCGCCCCAAUGAUCCGGGCUGCUUCUAGCGACACGGCAAGAGAGGACAGCCCAAAAAUCAAAGUCCUCCGCAAGAGUGCCUCCUUCAGCCAAGGAGAUACUGAACCCAUCCCUCUGCACCGGCGUUCUGGAGCCCCCUUAGAAAUACCCAUGGCCCAGAUAGAGGAACGUCGGCUACAAGAGGCUGCAUCCAUGUCCGCUCUCACAGAGCAGGUUAAAAUGGAUUCCCAUCCUGUUACUCCAAUGGAGGUUUCAAGUGAGCCACCCGCAACAGAACAAAUGGAAACAAUUCAGGAGAGUGAUGCCGGGGAGCAGAUCGAGACUGUUGAAGAAAAGAAUGAGCCAGAAAAGGAAGUAUUUGAAAAUGGGUCAAAAGAGAGUAAUUUAGAGGACCACACGAGUGCACCAGGCCGUCCAGAGAAGGAAGUGAGUGUGUCUAAGGAGGAAAGACGUAAUUCUGAAAUGGGAUCCCAGAAUGACCUUGUUUCUGAAGUAACUCCUAGCAGUGUGAUUGAAGAAAGCAUUACCGAAGAAGAGAAGAAUGAAGAAUAUGUCGAUGAACUUAGGACCCAGAAAAUAGCCCCUGACAUCGUCACCAGUGCCAUCACAGUAAAGCCUCUGACAGUGCCAGCGAAACCAUCUCCAAAUGUCAUUCCGACGUAUGUAACACCCCCUCCACUUACUCGAGUCACACUGCCAGAUGGGAGAACGUCUGCCUAUGCCAGCACCAUUCAAACAAUCAUGGUUCCAUCUUUACAGCCAGCAAGUGUCACGACAACUACGCCAGUGCCUAUAACUACAGCCACCUACACUCCCACUCCUCCCUCACCUACGCCAGAACCUGCCCCAACAUCUCAGCAUCCUGCAGUUUUCUCUAGAGUAGCUUCUACUGACAAUGUAAGCAGAGAACCAAGUCCACCCAGUAUUCCAGUGCAUCCUUCUUCUCUUACCAGUGAUAUCAAGGACAUUGCCUCAGAGGAGGUCUUUGAGUCCAGAUUCAAAAAACGUGAUUCAUCUCUGACACGCGGCUUUAAGCUCCUGAACUGGGCAAAAUCUGAGGAGAAGUCUGCUACGAUGCCUCCUGAAUCUGGUGAAGACAUCUAUCGUCCCGGUGCUGUAGGCACUCCCAUACAGGUUGUUAAACCCGAAGCAUCCAGGAUGAUGAUGGAGAAAUCCAAGUCUGUCCAGGACCUCAGAGAAGCUUCGAAAGACCGUGGGUUUAUGAAGAGACUCUCGAUGCGUCUGAAGAGAACCCCACCUACCGAGAGAAAGGAGGAAAAGUCAAGAGAGGAAGCACCUGCUACUGAGCCCAGUGCCCCAAGGCGACGGCUUUCUUGGGCUCUCAGCCGCAGCAAAUCCCAGGAAAAGGUGGCUGCUGAUGUGGAGAUGGUCAGGAUGGAUGGUGCACCUGAGGCUCCAAAGGAAGAGGUGGUGAUGGAGCCCAAAAAAGCAAGCGAGUCCCCAAUCCUGAAUAUGCGUCGGAAGAUCGAAUCCACAGUGGCCGGGAUCUCCAUGAGGAUCCGCAGUCAGUCUGAAGAAAGGAAAGGACAAGAGGAGAGGAAGGAGGAGAAGAAAGCUGAGGAGAAGUCUGAGAGCAAGCGGACACCUUUGCUCUCUCUGCUCCGCCGGUCCAGCUCUGAGGGAAUUAGCCUGAAGAAGCUUGGCCUCACGCAGAACCCUCUGGCAUCACAGUCAGUUUCAACUGCGUCCACUGAGUCUCUGGAGUCCACAAGCAGCAUACAGUCAGAAUCCGCUAUCAAAAACCCAGAGAGUGACCGUAGGUUAAGAUGGGACCGGUGGGGCCUGACCAGGGGCCGCAAAGACAAGACUGUAUCCCAGCCAGACAUACCCUCUGCAAUAGCCAGAGAUGGCAGCUCCUUCCGUGGUCGACAGUACACCAGACUGGCAUCUGAUUUCCCCCCAGUGUUUCACAUUAAACUCAAAGACCAUGUUCUUCUGGAGGGGGACCCCGUCACCCUCAGCUGCCUUCCUGCAGGCAGUCCUCAUCCACGUAUCACCUGGAUGAAAGACAAGAAGCCACUUGAGAUCGAUGCCAGGAUGAACAUGAUCUCGUGUCCGGAUGGGAGGCAACUGCUGAUGAUCAUGAAGACGAGCGGGAAAGAUGCUGGCCUCUACGAGUGUGUGGCUUCCAAUCCCCUAGCCUCAGUCACCAGCUCCUGCAUCCUGACCCUUGCCCGACUUCCCGAAGCCCCUGGAACCCCAGAGGUUCCACAAAAGUACAAGAACACGGUCCUGGUUUUAUGGAAACCUUCGUCAACACCAGCCCCGUGCACCUACUCCCUUGAAAGGAAGAGAGAGGGUGACGAAAACUGGCUCUUCGUAGCUACAGGUCUGGCUGAUUGUUACUGCAGUGUUACAGACCUGCCAACAGGGGGCACCUAUAGGUUCAGGGUGGCCUGCGUCAACAAAGCUGGCCAAGGGCCCUACAGUAACUGCUCAGAGCCAGUGUGUCUUGAUUCUGCAGCCCCUGCUGCUGAGAUGAAGACUGUCCCCUCCACUUCGGUCGUGACUUCCUCAGUGACUGUGCCUCCCAUCAAGCCUGGUUCCACUGUCUUGCCAAGUAAACCUGCCACUGUAGCUACUGUCAAGCCAUCAUCUCCACCCCAGGCCACUCCACCUGUCCGUGUCCCAUCUCCAUCCACAGCUGCAGCUGCUUCCACCUCCACACAUGCUUUACCUGCUCAUUCUCCUAAUAAAUCCCUGUCUGUGGUCACCCCUCUACCCCCUCCCACCCAUACUGUCCCUUCUCAUCGUGUUACUGAAGAGAUCCAGACUCCCCAUUCAGUGACAUCCACUCCACCAAAAGCCAAGACCACUCUUAACAUCAGUGUCACAUCUUCCCCUGCAAUGCCUCCCAAGCUUGCACCUCCUACAGUCUUACCCAAACCAAAAAGCCCUCCCAAUAUUGUUCCUCCAGCGUCUCAGACUCCUCCCAUCUCCCCACCUCCGCUGGUGUCCCCUCCCCCCACUAUUGGAAAACCCAUUUUCUCCGUCCCCCUGUACGUCCCAGUCACCACAGCUGAAGUCAGCCCUCCCACACCCACUCAGUCCCUCUCAACCCCUGUGGUGCUGGUGACCAGCCUGAGUCCUGUUGGCGAGGGCAUGAACACGCCCUCUAGAAUGACCCCAAGUGGACUUACGGCACCGUCGGGGCGCUUGACCCCUUCUGGGCGCAGGACCCCUUCGGGCAAGGCCGGUGAAUCGACCUUACGUCAAGGAGUCCCACAGAAACCGUACACGUUCAUGGAUGAGAAAGCCAGGGGCCGUUUUGGUGUGAUCAGAGAGUGUAAGGAGAAUGCCACAGGAAAGCUCUUCAUGGCCAAGAUUGUACCAUAUGAGCCGGAAAGCAAACAGGACGUGCUAAAGGAGUAUGACAUCCUCAAGGCACUGCAUCACGAGAAGAUCAUGACUCUGCAUGAGGCUUACGUCACGCCUCGCUACUUGGUGCUCAUCUCUGAAUACUGCGCAGGCAAGGAGAUGCUCUACAGUCUCGUUGACAGGUUUCGAUACUCCGAGGAUGAUGUUGUCAAUUAUGUUGCGCAGAUCUUACUUGGCCUCGAUUAUCUGCACGGCCGCCGUAUCCUGCACUUGGAUAUUAAGCCUGACAACGUCAUGGUCACCUACAACAACAUCAUUAAAAUAAUAGACUUUGGUAGUGCACAAAACUUCAACCCGUUGUUCCUCAAGCCGUACAGCCUGGGUCAGGGAAUUCUGGAGUUUAUGUCUCCUGAAAUGGUGAAAGGGGACGUAGUGGGCCCCCCAGCAGACAUCUGGAGUGUAGGUGUCCUGACGUACAUUAUGCUGAGUGGGAGACUGCCGUUCCAAGAGGCCAACCCAGCAGAUACUGAAGCCAAGAUACAGGCAGCAAAAUUUGACCUCUCCAAGCUCUACCAAAACGUAUCCCAGAGUGCCUCAUUGUUCCUUAAGAAGAUCCUGUGUAGUUAUCCAUGGGCACGUCCAACUAUUAAGGACUGCUUCAACAAUUCCUGGCUACAGGAUGCCUACCUGAUGAGGCUGCGCCGACAGACACUAACCUUCACCACAACGCGACUUAAGGAGUUUCUGGUAGAACAGCAGCGGAGAAGGUCAGAGGUGGCCAUCAAGCACAAGGUCCUUCUGCGCUCCUACCAGAGCACUCCUGGCACCCCCACAACACCCAGCAUGCCCCCAACGCCGGUCACCCAGUGAGUGGAGUCUGGAAACUAAGCAUGGGGAGUGGCUGAAGAAGAGCAUUCCAGGGUUGAGAGAGAGGUGGCACAUUCCAUCUCUUUGGGGUUGGGGACGAGAGUCCAACCACCCACAAGGGCAAGGCUACAGUGGGACAACUGUACAGCUGCAGAAAUCUAGCACUGGCCUGGAGCCAAGAAUCAGCUGCUCUGAUUUCACCAGAGAGACAAGGCAACAUCAGAGUGGACUUCAAUUAAAAAUCCCGUGGACUGUCUCACAGAGCAUGCUUGGGGGUUUGUUCUCAGCCCAGGAGCUAUUACCAUAGUUCCAGUGCUCCCCUUGAACUUAACAGUUUUUUAAAGCUUCUUCAUUAGUCUCUGGCAGUAAGUUAUGUCUGUUUGGCCGGGGACUACAGAUCCAUUGGGUUUAAGUAGACAAACUGUAUUUUCUACUGAAGCUCAAUUGUCUAAGACUCAGAGAUCUAGUUUUAAUAUCAAAAAAAAGAAGUCAUGUAAAAGUGUAAUUUUGUGGUAUUUCCCAAGAACAAGCUUGGAACUUGAGAAAUUGUGGAGAAAUGUGGUGUAUAUCUUUUACUUCUAGCUUUUGUGAACCCAAGAAACCCCUUUUAUUACUGAUAGUUAUUUUUGCAGAAUAAUUAUCAGAAUAAACCGGAAGUCGUGACGGUCGGUGCGCAACUCAAUCAGGUGAUGCAGAGCAUGAGAAAUCCAUGAGAUUGGAUCGUUUUUUUUUUUUUUUUUUGACUUUUAAUAUGAGAAUAUUGACAAAAAAGGAUAAGUGAAUGUUAAAAAACCAGGUCUCUUUACAUUUAUCUGCAAAUAUGUGGCUAAGGGAAUAAUCGUACAAUGUCAUGUUACAAUGCAUGACAUUAUGAGAACACUUGGCGUUUCCAGUGCACCACGAUGCAAAUGCCAUCAGUCCAUAAAGUACUUUACGAAUGUCUGGUUAGGUUUGCAAGCCCUGCACAAGGACAGACGGGACAGUUCCUGAGGGGAAUCCCACUUUGGCACUGUGGAGCAUCACUGCUGAUGUGCAGUUACAGCUUUGCUAUGUAGAUCGCAGGACUGACAUUUGAACUGUAGCCAACUCACAUUUGGAAGUCCUACCUUUGUGGCAGAAUCCUCCUGAAAUUCGUGUUAAGAAUUAUUUAAGUCUGCAUUUGCUUCUAUCUUGUAGAGCUUAAUAAAGAGCAUCUUGAACAAUGUCUGUUUGUCAAAAUCCCAUCAUGACAGCACCCUGAAUGCAAUGAGCAGAACUUGAUUUUAAAGAUAAAUGAUGAUAUUUAAAAUCAUGCAAUGAAAUCUUGCAAAAAUGUUCCAAGGAAAUGAUAUUCUGGCAAGAUGUUAAUGAAAACUACUCAGCAAAGAGGGAAAAUACGAUAUAUUCUAUACAGGUGGUCAUUUAAGAGCAAUGGCAGCUAUAAUGUACAUAUGAAUAUAUCGUAUAUGAUACUUUUGUAAUUUGUGGUGAGAAAAUUGUGUAUUUGUUUGGUAGCCCCAAUAAAGAAAUGGAUGUAACUCA